ACCGCUUCCUCUCUGAUCGCACGGCCGGCUUUCAAGAUGGCGCCGAAAGACAAGAAGCCUAAGAGGUCAACCUGGAAGUUUAGUUUGGACCUUACUCAUCCAGUAGAAGAUGGGAUUUUUGAUUCUGGAAAUUUUGAACAAUUUCUACGGGAGAAGGUUAAAGUCAAUGGAAAAACUGGAAAUCUUGGGAAUGUUGUUCGCAUCGAACGCUUCAAGAAUAAAAUCACAGUUGUUUCUGAGAAACAGUUCUCUAAAAGGUAUUUGAAAUAUCUUACCAAGAAAUACCUUAAGAAGAACAAUCUUCGUGAUUGGCUUCGUGUGGUUGCAUCUGACAAGGAGACUUAUGAACUUCGUUACUUCCAGAUUAGUCAAGAUGAAGAGGAAUCCGAGUCUGAGGACUAGAUGAAGCUGCUCCUUAAAGGGCUUUGCUUACUAAUAAAAUAAAUGAAGCAUACAAGAGAAAGAAACAUCUAGAAAUGGACAUUUAGUUUAUUGGUGAAUAAAAAACUUUGUAUUCUGUGUGUUCAGCUUCUGUCUCUUUAAAUGUAUGCUGUUUACAUAAUGCUGGCUUUCCUUUGUUAGUUUCUGAAAACAAUAUUUAAAUAUAGCUAGUGGAACUUUUCUCAGGAUUUCUAAAAUUUAUUGCUUUUAUGAAUGUCCUCAAGUUAAAGUGUUGUAUAGGAAAUAAUAAAGCACAAUUUUGGAUAUAACUUUAUAUAAUAAAAUAUUUAAAAUUCU